CCCGUACAGGAAGGGGAGAGCCGUGGAGUGACUAGCAAGGCUGCAGCCACUAGUACUGUGUAUGUUUCCAUGUGCAUUGGGUUUGCACUGUAGCCUUAUCUGUUUCUAUUCCUGGCCUUUCUGACCUGUUGGAUACUAUUAUUAUUUGCCUACAAGAAAGAGUGGAUUGCGGCCACGGCUCCGUUUUUGCUUUGCCCGGAGUAGGGGGCUCUCCGUAUGAGGCACCAUGUCCAAGACUCUGAAGAAGAAGAAGCACUGGCUGAGUAAAGUGCAGGAGUGCGGGCUGUCGGGGUUUGGUGGCGAUCCCAGCUCUUUCUUGGAGAUCCGUGGGGGUGCAGAGCAUGGGGAGUUCCCCUAUUUGGGGCGACUAAGAGAGGACGUUGCUAGCUACAUUGCAGGCAAAGUGCCCAGUCAGGGGGACGUCCUGCUGGAGGUGAAUGGGACCCCGGUCAGUGGGCUGACACAUAGGGACACCCUGGCUGUGAUCAGGCACUUCAGGGAGCCAAUACGCCUGAAGACUGUCAAGCCUGGUAAAGUUAUCAAUAAGGAUCUGCGUCACUACUUGAGCCUGCAAUUCCAGAAGGGAUCCAUAGACCACAAGCUGCAGCAAGUGAUCCGAGAUAACCUUUACCUCCGAACAAUACCGUGUACGACCCGUUCCCCACGAGAUGGAGAAGUCCCGGGAGUUGAUUAUAAUUUUAUUCCUGUUGAGCAGUUCAAAGCUCUGGAGGACAGUGGAGUGUUGCUGGAGAGUGGAACAUAUGACGGUAAUUUCUAUGGGACACCCAAGCCUCCAGCUGAACCAAGCCCUUUUCAGCCUGAUCCGGUAGAUCAGGUAUUGUUUGAUAGUGACUUUGUCCCAGAAACUCAAAGAAAACGAACCACGUCUGUCAGCAAGAUGCAGCGAACAGAUUCCUCCCUUCCUGAGGAGGAAGACGAGGAGGAGAGAGAGGCUGUUAAUGGCAGCAGUGGAAGCGCAGAACAUAGGGACAGACAGGAACCCACAGAAUGGGGGAAGGUUGUUCCAAGUUACAACCAGACCAACAGCAACAUGGACUUCAGGAAUUACUUGACUCGAGAAGAAAACCUGGAACCUCUGCCCAAGAACUGGGAGAUGGCCUACACCGAGGCUGGAAUGAUCUACUUUAUUGACCACAACACCAAAACCACUACAUGGCUAGAUCCUCGACUCUGCAAGAAAGCCAAAGCACCAGAAGAUUGUGACGAUGGAGAACUUCCCUAUGGUUGGGAGAAGAUAGAAGAUCCACAGUAUGGGACCUAUUAUGUCGAUCACAUCAACCAGAAAACACAGUUUGAAAACCCAGUGCUAGAAGCAAAGCGGAAAAAGCAGCUCGGUCAACUGAAUCCCACUGAUGGAGCUAUACACCCAGACCCAGAAAAGUCGUCCUUUACCAGGGAUCCUGCCCAACUAAAGGGUGCAAUUCUGCGCACAUCACUAAAGAAAAGUACCAUGGGAUUUGGAUUCACCAUUAUUGGAGGGGACCGGCCAGAUGAGUUCUUGCAAGUGAAGAAUGUACUAAAGGAUGGACCAGCUGCUCAAGAUGGCAAAAUUGCACCAGGUGAUGUGAUUGUGGACAUCAACGGAACAUGUGUUCUUGGUCACACUCAUGCGGAAGUGGUCCAGAUGUUCCAACUGAUCCCAAUAAACCAGUAUGUGAAUAUGACACUUUGUCGUGGUUACCCCCUCCCCGAAGACAGUGAUGAUCCAGUUGUUGACUCAGUUAAUGCACUUCCUCCGCUUAUUAAUGGACAGCUAACCACUCAUGGCGACAUGGGAAGCCAGGAGUUAAAAUCCGGGGUAGUAAUUUUGGACCAAAAUGGAAAGCCGGGCCAUGUGCUGGUUAAUGGGCGACUAAAUGGUCCUUCAGUAGACCUACAAGAACAAAGGACAUCGUUGGCAUCAUCUGGAACCUCUCAACCUGAGCUUGUAACCAUUCCAUUGUUAAAAGGCCCCAAGGGCUUUGGUUUUGCCAUUGCAGACAGUCCAAUGGGACAGAAAGUUAAAAUGAUAUUGGAUAGCCAGUGGUGCCCAGGAUUGCAGAAAGGAGAUGUGAUUAAAGAGAUCUACCACCAAAAUGUACAGAACCUGACGCACAUCCAAGUUGUUGAAGUCCUAAAGCAGUUUCCAGUGGGAGCUGAAGUCCCACUAUGCAUCCUAAGAGGAGGUCCUCCAUCUCCGACCAAAAUAUCAAAAGUGAAAUCUGAUAAACAGGAGCUGUCUGGAAGCCUUGAAGCUAUUGGCCCAACUGAACCUCUUCCACAACCUUUGCCAUUUCCCCCAAAUCUUGCACGAUCCAACUCCCCAAAACUUGACCCUUCUGAAGUCUAUAAGAAGUCAAAGAACAUUUUUGAAGAUAAGCCUCCAAAUACAAAGGAUCUGGAUGUUUUCCUUCGAAAGCAAGAGUCAGGCUUUGGAUUUCGGGUCCUUGGAGGAGAUGGCCCAGACCAGGCGAUUUACAUUGGAGCUAUCAUUCCUUUGGGAGCUGCUGAAAAGGACGGACGUCUCCGUGCAGCGGAUGAGCUCAUCUGUAUUGAUGGAGUCCCUGUGAAGGGAAAGUCCCAUAAGCAGGUGCUGGACCUGAUGACCAACGCAGCUCGAAAUGGCCACGUGCUUCUUACAGUCAGAAGGCAGAUCUAUUACACUGAUAAACAGCAGGAAGAGGAAGACCUCCUACAUACACCUCCUGCUCUGAAUGGUUCUCCCAGGCUCAACAGAAUUGAACUCGCUAGUGUUCCCAAACCGCCAGCAGAAGCCUAUGACGUUGUGCUGCAACGUAAAGAAAAUGAAGGCUUUGGAUUUGUCAUCCUGACGUCCAAAAAUAAGCCCCCUCCUGGAGUGAUCCCACAUAAGAUUGGACGUGUGAUAGAAUUUAGCCCCGCAGAUCGCUGCAGGAAGCUUAAAGUGGGUGACCGAAUAUCAGCCGUGAAUGGGCAAUCUAUUGUGGAGCUGUCUCACGAUAACAUUGUACAACUCAUAAAGGAUGCUGGAAACACCGUUACCCUGACAGUAAUUGCGGAAGAAGAACACAGAGGUCCACCAUCAGGCACCAAUUCUGCAAGACAGAGCCCAGCUCCACAACACCGAGCCAUGGGACAAGCGCAGCCCAACUACGGGACUUUGGAAAGGAGCACCUUAGAUGCUGAUGGCAGUAAGGCAGACCCUUCUGCUUCCUACCGUUUUUUAUGGCCUGAUCACAAGUGUGACACUGGACUCCCUGUGCCUGCAGGAAGCCGACACUCCCAGAGUGCAGGUUGCUAUCCCGUAGAGCUUGAAAGAGGACCAAGGGGCUUCGGAUUCAGCCUCAGAGGAGGAAAGGAAUAUAACAUGGGGCUGUUUAUACUCCGCCUUGCAGAAGAUGGCCCAGCCAUUAAAGACGGGCGUAUUCAUGUUGGUGACCAGAUAGUUGAAAUUAACGGAGAACCAACACAAGGCAUCACUCACACACGAGCCAUUGAGCUGAUUCAGGCUGGGGGAACCAAAGUUCUCCUCUUACUAAGACCGGGAACAGGGCUAAUUCCGGACCACAAUGAACUGGAUACUCAUCUUCCAUCUACGAGUGUAAUAUAUGAUGACCUCUCAGCACAUGCAUCAACCUCACAAAUAAGUCCCACUCCUGGAGUGUAUUUGUCAGCACCAAAUGAUGACGCAGUGAACGUUCAGGAAGAAGUGUCUGUGCCAAAAGACCACUCUUCAGGAAACAAAGACAUCACAGUAUUGGAUGAAAACACUGUCCUAGACAAGGAAUCAAUAAAGCUAGAUAAGAUGCUUUCUGUCCAGAAUAAAGAAUCGCAAAACGAAAAGACUAUAAGCCCCAAAAACACUAGUAAAAGUAACCAUCCGGAUACAGAAAAGGAGAGCAGCACAAGAAGAGGUAGAUCUGUAAGUCCAAGGAAAUCAGAUGGCAAAAGCUCAAAGGAGCGAUCUGAAAAAAGUCCUAGGCAAACAGAGUCUAGAAGAACCCAUAAGGAAACCAGAGAGAGAUCUUUAAGCCCUAGAAAGGCGCAAAAUAAAAAAGCUGAGGGCGUUUCUGAUAUUGGAAAUCAAACAAAAGAACAAACUAGGGGACACAGAGAAAGGUCUGCAAGCCCUAAAAAGUCUUACAGGAAGGAAGAUGCUCAUAAAUUAAGUGAAGAAAAACACAAAGACAAAAUGCAGAAAUCUCCACACAAUCCCCACAGGACCACCACUAAACCCGAAAGUGGUGACCAUGCCUGGGAGAGAAAAGAGAAGUCAAGAAGAGACGAGAUGUUAGAAAAAACAAAGACAGAGGAAAAACAUGAAAAAUCUAGGAAAGAUGAGAGGGAGGAAAAAAUCAGGAGGGAUGAAAGAGAUGUUAGAUCAAGGAGAGAUGACAAAUCCAGGAGAGACGAGAAGGACGACAGAUCCAGGAAGGAAGACAGAGGUGAAAAAUCUCAUCGAGAAGAGCAUGUUGAAAAAUCCAGUAAAGGAGACAGAGAUGACAAGUCCAAGAGAGAAUAUAGACACGACAAAAACAGGAAAGAAGAAACAAGUGAAAAAAGGUCAGAUGAAAAAUCCCGGAGAGAUGACAAAAUAGUGAGAGAAGAAAAGAGUGAGAAAAAGACAGACGAAAAGCAUGAAAGAUCCAGGAGAGACGACAAAAUAGUGAGAGGAGAAAAGAGUGAGAAAAAGACAGACGAAAAGCUUGAAAAACCCAGGAGAGACGACAAAACCAGGAGAGAUGAAAUAAAUGAGAAAAAGACAGAUGAGAGGCAUGAGAAAUCGAUGAAAGACGACAAAUCCAGGAAAGAAGAAAUAAGUGAGAAAAAGACAGAUGAAAGACAUGAGAAAUCCAAGAGAGAAGAAAAGCAAAACCUCCAAGAAGCAAAUGUCAAAAGGCAUGCAGAACAUAAAAGCAGGAAUGUUGAUGAGAAAUUACCAAAAUAUAUAACCAAGCAUGACAAAAAUAGAUCCGAGGCUGAUCAAUCCAAAAAAGAGGGAUCAACCGCAAUGGUUAAGCAGCAGCCACAUGGCUUGGUAUCGAAAAUGGAACAAACAGAGAAAAACAGGCCCAGAGAACCCAUCGUUUCAAAUACAGAGCCACCCACAGCAGAAAAUCUAGAUAAAACCAAAGAUGAAGAAAAAUGGAAGGUAGGACCCAAGAAGACACACAUUACUCCAGGACCAUGGAAACUACCCAGUGCUGACAAAAUCACAGAUGCUGACACUUUGAAUAUAUAAGCCCUGAGUGUACAUUUUGUUCAGUGCAGCUCUUGUGUUUGCCACAUCAUUAGAUGAUGUAUGGUUCAUGGAGCAUGAAAAAUAAUAUAAAA